UGAAGGAUAAAAUCAUUCUGCAAACGACAAUCGAGCGUUCGGCAGACAGCAAAUCUAGCCGAUUAUUAUUCUAAACGGCAUGCUCGCUCUGCUGACCGUUAUCCUCGCGCUCCAACACUGUGCCAUUCGGGCCGAGGAAUACACUUCCCCGUGGCACUACAAAUGCGAUGGCGGCCUGUGUAAGAAGGUGUUAAUCACAGAGCAGGACUCCAACCCGUCCGCACUUAGCGUAUGCCAAUUGACUUGCGGUCAGGGUGGAAAUCUUUGGCCGAAGCCGACGGGACAUUUAUCCGUUAGUAAGACUACGAUACAACUAAAUCCCGAUGAUAUCACGCUGGCCGGGAUUUCCCCCCAAACGUUGGUGGGAAAUCUUUUUCAAAGGAACGUAGAUCGUAUUAAGGAGAACGCGAAGAAGCUGAGCGGUCCUGUGACCUUGAACGCUGGAGGUAUCGGAUUGCUGAUCCGUUUCAACGGCAACAUUAAUUUGAACAAUACCAAGCUGACCUUGGACACCGACGAGAGUUAUGUUCUACAAAUAUCUCUGGUCGAUGGAAAGGUGGAAGCUCAAAUCUCGACGAAUACAUACUUCGGGGGUCGACACGGCAUGGAGACGAUCAGCCAGCUGAUCGUCUUCGACGACCUGCGCAACCAGGUUCGAAUAGCCAGUGAAGUGUACAUCGUGGACGCUCCGACGUAUCCUUAUCGCGGAAUCCUUUUGGACACCAGUCGUAACUACGUCAACAAAGAAACGAUCUUACGGACCAUCGAGGGUAUGGCAAUGUCGAAGCUAAACACUUUCCACUGGCAUAUCACCGAUUCCCACAGUUUUCCCUACGUAAGCAGAACGUGGCCAAAGUUCGCUAAGUACGGAACCUACUCGCCAACCAAGAUCUAUACACCCGAAAUGAUCCGAGAGAUCAUUGACUACGCGCUGGUUCGCGGUGUCAGAGUUCUGCCGGAGUUCGAUGCACCUGCACACGUCGGAGAAGGUUGGCAGUGGGUCGGCGACAACGCGACAGUUUGCUUCAAAGCCGAGCCCUGGAAGGAUUAUUGCGUGGAACCGCCAUGCGGCCAGCUGAAUCCUACCAGCGAGAGGAUGUACGAGGUUCUCGAAGGAAUCUACAAGGACAUGAUGGAAGAUUUCCAGCACCCGGACAUUUUUCACAUGGGCGGUGACGAAGUGAAUAUAAACUGCUGGAGAUCCACAAAUAUCAUCACCGAAUGGAUGCGGAAGAAGGGAUGGGAUCUUAGCGAGAGGAGUUUCUACCUAUUGUGGAACUACUUUCAAGAGAAAGCGUUGGAGAAACUGAAGAUCGCUAACGAUGGGAAAGAUAUUCCGGCUGUUCUCUGGACAAGCGGACUGACUAGCGAAGAGAAUCUUCAGUAUCUGGAUCCGAAGAAAUAUAUCAUUCAAAUUUGGACAACCGGUUACGAUCGGACUAUCAGCCGACUGCUUCGCAACAACUUCAAAGUUAUUUUUUCGAACUACGAUGCUCUGUAUUUGGACUGCGGAUUUGGAGCCUGGGUAGGCGAAGGUGUCAACUGGUGCGCGCCAUACAAGGGCUGGCAGAAAGUCUACGAUAAUUCACCGUUGCAGAUGAUCAAGAACCAAGGUUAUGGGAACAAGAAGCAUCUUAUCUUAGGUGGGGAAGCAGCGCUCUGGACCGAACAGGCGGACAGCGCGGCCACUGAUUCGAGACUGUGGCCAAGAUCAGCUGCGAUGGCCGAGAGAUUAUGGAGCGAGCCGGAUUCCAAGUGGAUUCACGCCGAGCAGAGAAUGUUGAGGCACCGCGAGAGACUCGUUAAACGAGGAAUCGAUGCGGACAGCCUGCAACCCGAAUGGUGCUUGCAGAACCAAGGCUCGUGCUACGCGUAAAUUUACGAUGUUGUGAAAAUUCACUUUUUGCUCCUACACAAUCUUAGUUUUUCUACACAUUUUACGUUGAAAUAAAUCAUCAUAUUAGUUAUUUUUUA